AUGGCCGGCGAUUCUUCUGAGCAGGACCACAUCACUCGCGAGCGUAGCAAUGGCACUCCGGGACACCCGCUCCAUUUCCCGGAGAAGGACCAUCUCGCGCACACGAAGAGCGUCGAUGAGAUUGUCCUCAACGCUUCGCGGGCCACAGACAAGGAGCACAAGAUGAGCUUAUGGCAAGGCAUCAAGUUGUAUCCCAAAGCCGUCGGUUGGAGUCUGCUCAUCUCAACCUGUAUUGCCAUGGAAGGCUACGACGUGUGCCUGUUGAGCAACUUUUACGGAUUUCCACAGUUUCAGAAGAAGUACGGUGAACAACUGCCCGACGGCAGCUGGCAGAUUCCGGCGCCGUGGCAAUCGGGACUCAGCAACGGCGCGAACGUGGGCGAAAUCAUCGGGUUGUUCAUCAACGGAUGGGUGUCGGAGCGAUACGGCUAUCGAUACACCGUCAUGACCUGUCUGAUGUUGAUUGUCAUCUUCACGGCCGUCUUCUUCACCGCCCAGACCGUGGUGGCAUUGCAAGUCGCCGAGAUCCUGUGUGGAAUUCCUUGGGGUGUUUUCCAAACUCUGACCAUCACAUACGCCAGCGAGGUCUGCCCUGUCCCUCUCCGAGGCUAUCUGACCACGUACGUCAAUUUCUGUUGGGGGCUCGGCCAGACCGUGGGCAUCGGCGUCAUCAGGUCUCUCGUGGACCGACAAGACCAGUGGUCCUACAGGAUCCCCUAUGCCCUUCAAUGGAUGUGGCCUGUGCCCUUGUUCAUCGGGAUCCUGUUCGCACCUGAAAGUCCGUGGUGGCUCGUGCGAAAAGGCCGCGUCGACGACGCGAAGAAGUCUCUGCUUCGCCUGACGUCGCUGGACCGCGAGACCGACUUCGACGCCGACGAGACGAUCGCCAUGAUGGUGCACACCACGGCGCUGGAGGAGAAGAUCACCAGCGGCGCCUCGUACAUGGACUGUUUCAGGGGCGUGGACCUCCGGCGGACCGAGAUCGUGUGCAUGGUGUGGGCGAUCCAGAACCUCUCCGGCAACUCCUUCUCGGGCUACUCGACCUACUUCCUCGAACAGGCCGGCCUCGACCCCUCGACGUCGUACGACUUCGCCCUCGGACAGUACGGGAUCAACAUGGCCGGCGUCUUCGGCGCCUGGUUCCUCAUGACGUGCGGGAUAGGCCGGCGGUCCCUGUACCUCUACGGCCUCUGCGGGCUCUUCUCCAUGCUCCUCGUCCUCGGCUUCCUCGGCCUCGUCCCGGAGGCCCACAGGAGGGAGGCGUCCCUCGCCACGGGGUCGAUCAUGCUGGUGUGGGCGCUGUGCUACCAGCUCACCGUCGGCACCGUCUGCUACUCCCUGGUCGCCGAGCUCUCCACCCGCCGCCUGCAGAUCAAGACCGUCGUCCUGGGCCGCAACCUGUACAACAUCGUGGGCAUCGUCUGCUCCGUCCUGACCCCGUACAUGCUGAACCCCGGGGAGUGGAACUGGAGGAACUACGCCGGCUUCUUCUGGGCCGGCAUCUGUUUCCUCUGCAUCAUCUACACCUACUUCCGCGUCCCCGAGCCCUCCGGCCGCACCUUUGCCGAGCUGGACUUGCUUUUCGAGCGAGGCGUCAGCGCGAGGAAGUUCGCCAGCACCCAGGUCGACGUCUUUGACGCCGUCACCGUCCAGGAGACCGUCGAGGGCACCGGCACCUUGAAAACCUACGAGGAAAAUAAGGCCAGGGGCACCACCCGUGCCGUACUAUGA